AUGGCUUUCAAAUUGAAGAAUGUGACCAUCGAAGAGCUCCCUGAUAUGAUCGCUGCGGAACGAUAUGCAUUCGAGACUCCACUUCAACCUAUCUUCCGUUUAUACUGCCCAAUCCUCGACAACGAUCGCCAAAAAACCAUUGCUGACACCGCUGCCAAAGCGCAAGAAGGAACACAGAACCCAGAUCCCAAUGUGGAAACCAUAUGGAUCAAAGCCAUUAGCUCACAAGACUCCGAGACCAGCGAGAAGCUCGUCGGCGGCGCCCAGUGGAUCUUCAUCUCGGAAGACUCGAGCUCUCUCGAAGCCGACGUCGAGUCACUAGCCACGCGUCAUCCAGAAGGAGGCGCAAGACUUUUCGCAGCCCAGUCAUUUCAUAUUCUCCGUGAAUGUGAAGAAAGAAAUCGGAUCGCAACAAGCGGAAGGGGCCCAUAUGCUACACUGGGUAGCUUUUUCACGCUGCCCGAGUAUCGCAAGCUGGGGAUAGGGCAUUUACUUAUGCAAUGGGGAAUGGAGAAAACUGAUGAAAAGGGCCUGGAUGUAUGGAUUGAAGCCGCUCCGCCGGCAGUCCCUUUCUAUGAGCGUCACGGGUUUAUCCAAAAGGAGGUUACUCACCUUCAGCCAGAGCGACCAGGCGGCCUCUCGGAGAAGAUGGCUGCGGAAUGGGACGCCACGGCCAGCUCGCUUUUGCCUAUAACUGCCGUCACUAUGUACCGGUUGGCAGGGCGUCAUUGA